AUGGAUACCUAUCCGAGAGUUGGGGCCAAAUUUUUAAAAUGGCCAAAACUACACAAAAAGAAAAAGUUAGAAAAUAUCCAAAGCGGAGAAGUAAUAACAAUGGACGUGGAGGAUAGUCCUAUUCUAAAAUAUAUACGCGAAGAUGUGAUCGGCUCGGAUUUAGUGGUCAACAGCCCUUACGGUCCAGUAAAAGUUAUUUAUUGUGAUUAUACCGCUUCAGGAAGGUCCAUGAAGUACAUAGAAAAAUUUAUUGACAAUUAUAUAAGGCCUUAUUACGGAAACACACACACCACAACAAGUAUAGUGUCACGUCAAACGACAAAGUUUCGUGACGAAGCCAGACAAAUAAUUAAAGAUUGCGUGAAUGCUUCCGAUGAAGAUGUUGUCAUAUUUACGGGUAGCGGAUGCACAGCGGCUAUCCACAAACUUAUUGGAGGGCUGGAUAUACAAAAGGAAGAGAAGGAAAAAACGGUUGUCUUAUUCGGUCCAUAUGAACAUCAUUCCAAUAGUCUGCCUUGGCAAGAACUUGGAGUUGAGCUUCUUUCUUUCUUUUAUUUUUUCUUUUCUUUUUCUUUCUUUUUCUUUCCUUUCUUUUUUCUUUCUUUUUUAUUCUUUCUUUUUUAUUUCGUUUUCUUUCCCUUCUUUUUCUCUUUUUCUUUCCUUUCUUUUUCUUUCUUUUUUAUUCUUUCUUUUUUUCUUUUUCUUUCCUUUCUUUUUUCUUUCUUUUUUCUUUUUCUUUGCUUUCUUUUUUAUUCUUUCUUUUUUCUUUCCUUUCCUUUUCUUUCUUUUUUAUCCUUUUUUCUUUCUUUUUCCUGCCUUUCUUUUUCUUUCUUUUUUAUUCUUUCUUUUUUCUUUCUGUUUCUUUCCUUUCUUUUUCUUUCUUUUUUCUUUUCCUUUCCUUUCUUUUUCUUUCUUUUUUAUUCUUUCUUUUUUCUUUGUUUUUCUUUCCUUUCUUUUUCUUUUUCUUUCUUUUUCUUUCUUUUUUAUUCUUUCUUUUUUCGUUACUUUCUUUUUCUUUCUUUUUUAUUCUUUCUUUUUUCUUUGUUUUUCUUUGCUUUCAUUUUCUUUCUUUUUCUUUCUUUCUUUCUUUUUCUUUCCUUUCUUUUUCUUUCUUUUUUCUUUUUCUUUCCUUUCUUUUUCUUUCCUUUCUUUUUCUUUCUUUUUCUUUCCUUUCUUUUUCUUUCUUUUUCUUUCCUUUCUUUUUCUUUCUUUUUUCUUUUUCUUUUCUUUCUUUUUCUUUCUUUUUAUCCAUUCUUUUUUCUUUCUUUUUCUUCCUUUCUUUUUCUUUCCUUUCUUUUUCUUUCUUUUUUAUUCUUUCGUUUUUAUUUCUUUUUUCCUUUUUUAUUCUUUCUUUUUCUUUCCUUUCUUUUUCUUUCUUUUCAUUCUUUCCUUUUUAGUCUUUCUUUUUUAUUUCGUUUUCUUUCCUUUCUUUUUCUUUCUUUUUUAUUCUUUCUUUUUUCAUUCUUUUCCUUUCUUUUUCUUUUGCUUUUCUUUUUUUCUUUCUUUUUCUUUCCUUUCUUUUUCUUUCUUUUUUAUUCUUUUUCUUUCUUUUUCAUACCUUUUUCUUUCCUUUCCUUUUCUUUCUUUUUAUCCUUUUUUCUUUCUUUUUCUUUCCUUUCUUUUUCUUUCUUUUUUCUUUUUCUUUUCUUUUUUCUUUCUUUUUUCUUUUCUUUUUUCUUUUUUCUUUCCUUUUCUUCUUUCUUUUUAUCCUUUCUUUUUUCUUUCUUUUUCUUUCCUUUCCUUUUCUUUCUUUUUUAUCCUUUUUUCCUUUCUUUUUCUUUCUUUUUUCUUUUUCUUUCCUUUCUUUUUUCUUUCUUUUUAUUCUUUCUUUUUUCUUUCUUUUUCUUCCCUUUCUUUUUUUCUUUUUUAUUCUUUCUUUUUUAUUUCGUUUUCUUUCCUUUCUUUUUCUUUCUAUUUUAUCCUUUCUCUUUUCUUUCUUUUUAUUUCCUUUCCUUUUCUUUCUUUUUAUCCUUGUUUUUUCUUUCUUUUUCUUUCCUUUCUCUUUCCUUCUUUUUUCUUUUUCUUUCCUUUCUUUUUUCUUUUUAUUUUUUUUAUUCUUUCUUUUUUAUUUCAUAUUCUUUCCUUUCUUUUUUCAUUCUUUUUCUUUCCUUUCUUUUUUCUUUCUUUUUUCUUUUUUUUUUCUUUUUACUUGUCAGUCUUUUUUUGUAUUUUUCUUUUCGUAUUUAUUUCCUUUUUUUCUUUCUGCUAAACCUGUCUUUUCUUUAUUCUUCAUUUUUGAAUCUAUUGUUUUAUAUUCACUUCAUCUUUGCCUUUUUCCUUCCUUCUUUUAUCUUCUCUCUUUUUUGUCUCGUUUUUUUUUUCCCUCUUCUUAUUUACUUUACUUCCUUUUCCUUCACCUGUUUUCUCUCUUUUUCUUUGUUUUGGUUCAUUCCCUUUUCCUUUUCUUUUUCUUUGUCUUCUUUAUUUUACUUUUGUUUCUUUUUUUCUACUUUUCUUUCUUUUCUCCCUUCUUUCUUUAUCCAUUUUCCUUUUCUUUCUUUCUUUCUUUCUUUCUUUCUUUCUUUCUUUCUUUCUCUUUUUCAUGCGUCAUUUUCUAUUACUAAUAUUCAUAUUAAUAACGUGUCUUUGCCCUCUCGUUGUCUUUCCUUCUUCAGAGGACAACAGUAUUCAAAGUAUAACUAUUUUCGUUGUAAUUUUAUUCUAUCAACCCCUCUCUUUCUCCCUCUCUCUUUCUCUCCCUCUCUCUCUCUCACACACACUAGCAUAGCGUUCCUUAGCCGACGAAUUCUGGAAAAGUCAAAUGGACAGAUUGAUGAAGACAAUCUGGAACAUGUUUUGAAAUCCUACAGUGAACGUGGAUACAAGAUAAUCACAACGUUCUCGGCAGCCAGUAACGUCACAGGUAUUAUGACUGACACAGAAAGCGUCACAAAACUUGUGCACAAAUACAAAGGAUUCUCUAUUUGGGACUACGCCUCAGCAGGGCCUUACCUAAAAAUUGACAUGAAUCCAUCGAAAGAAGCGUAA